AGGAGACGAGGAACGAUGGCGGCGGUCCAGCGGUCGUGGCGUUACGGAAAUAGAUUUUCGGCGGCGAGAUGCGACUCGCACCAGGCGAAUCGGGGAGGCCAGUACCGCGGCGACCAGUUCCCGAGGAAAACCGGAAGAGAAUCGAAGCGCCGAGGCGGCGAGGUGUCCCACAUGAACGUGAGUGCGCCGAUAUCCGUCCCCCGGGAGUGCGACCCCUCGGCGGUGCCAUCCUUCCUCGUCUCCUCGACUCGAUCGACGGCUAUUUGCGCUCGCCGGAGACCUUCCCCAGCGAAUUCGGGAGCUGAACGAUGGCAACCGAUGGCCAUAUCGAAUCCGUCCACCAAGCUGCGAAUGGCAAGAUCCAUGCCCCAUUGGGUCAUGGCGCAGCAGCAACAGCGAGAAGCGGAGCAGCGACAUGGACCCCCGACGCCCCCGAAAAUCCCCCCGCCGUCGCUCUCGGGGGACUGUGGUGACCCCGACUACGAGAUCAUCGAGUUCCCGACCCAGAAACCACCCCCGACGCCCCAGAGCAACCGGUACGCCGGUAAGUGCGCCCUGUGCGGCACCGAGAACGUGUUCGCGCGAUGCGACACGUGCCAGGACAACUUCUGCGAAGCCUGCGACGACAUGAAUCACAAGCACCCGAAGAGGAAGGGCCACGUUCGCAGGAGGAUUCUGACCGACAACGCGAGCAGAAGCAGGCCGCCGCUGCCCCCGAAAGGGGAGAACCUGUUGGGUCCACCUCCGGUGCCACCCCCCCGAAGAAAUCGCAAGGCCACCCAGGCUAAGUCGGCGCUAGCCAAAGGCCCUACACCUCUCCCUUUGAUCGACAAGGUCGGGAGUUUGAAGCGCAACUUUGCCAACCCGAAGGCACCGCCGGACUCGAGAGUAUCGAAAUCUACGAAUACUUUAAACGCACCCUCCAACGAUGCUUCAGGAACAGACAAAAUGUCUACUCUACAGGAAAGAUACAGAAAGUACCAGGAGGCGAUGAGAGCUCAAGACGCAAAUAGGCGACGACACCCGUCCUCGGAUCCCUCGAGGGACACUUUAAGCGGAAGACCACUUAGCUUAGGUAGCUCGAGACCGGCACCGCCGCUUCCACCUCCGCCUCCACCUAGAGCCAUGAUGCAAUCGGCCAGCGUCUGCGAUUUAACCGCUGCUCACAUGUGGAAUCCGGCGAUGCAUCAGGCUCAGUCAGUGGCACACUUGGGACCCGGUGGCAUGCCAAUGAUGUGGUACCCGCCGACCAACUCCUGGGACGUGUCGAUGAGCGGUUCCGCCAUGAGUCUGCAUCAUCCAAGCAUGUGGGGAUAUCCCAUGGGCUAUCCCUCGGCGCAGAUGCUGCCCCCGCAUUAUCCAGGAUCUCUUUCGAGAGCGCACAGUCCAGCUAGAAGUGUAAAGUCCAGCAGAAGAUCGAGGCACGCGUCACCGUCCCCCAGUCUGAAAUCUAAAAAGUCCUACGCUUCGAGAUCGCGAUCGAGAAGAUCGCCCGGGUCACCAUCAGACGCGAGCUCCGAGAACUCUGACGAAUCCGAUGAUGACAGACUCUCCCGAGGGUCCAGGAGUAGACGCGGCAGCGUCUCCAGAAGCAUACGACAACGAACUUAUCACGACGAGUCCAGAAAUCUCGUGUCUAGAGGUCGACAAGAAAGAUUAAUGUCCGAGGAGAGAGUCGUGAGUACCGAGGAUCAAUGGUCCGAGAGCCCGUCUAGUAAACGGUACUCGACGCCCUCGAGAAGCUACGAUGAGCGCUCGGUUUCCAGAAUAGAUCGACUGGAACGCGUGCAAAACGGAACUUACCGCGACCGUCGAAGGCAAAGCACGGACGAGGAGUCCUCCGAUCGAAGGAUCAACGCGCCGAGUCGAGCACGAGUGACGAGCUCGUCCGACGACCACUUCGAGAGAGUGGAGAACGCAUUGAAGAGAGCGUCGUCCCUUCGCAGGGACAUAAUGCUGGAUCAUCGUCGCGAUUCUCGCAGGUCGUCCUUCGAGAGCGACGGUCAGGCUAGGAAGACGCCUUCUCGCGACGUGACCUCUCCGAAAGGGAUACCCGGAGAACGAGCGCGCCUUUUGGAAAGACAAUCUUCUCAAGGAGAUUCAGAUAGGGACAAGAAUCGCGCGAACAAGGAUGAAAUCGAGUUACGUUCGUUAAAAAGAGAACAGCAGACUCGUGAUGUCUCUCGAGAGCGCGAGAUCCGUGCAAAGAGAGAAUCGUCCCAGCGAAGGGACGCUCUCGACGAUCCAGACAGGAUCUCCAAACGAAGCUCCCGCAGAUCCUCGUUCGAGUCCGACAGUCAAGGUCCUAGGAAAACAUCCUCCAACGAAACGCCGAUAAGGAAACACGAGGAAAAGACGACCGGUGAGCCUCAAAGUCGCCAGCGAUCGAUCGAGAAGGGACAAUCCGAGGAUUCGAUAGGGAUUGCAGAAACUCAACAGCAGAGGCAAGAGAACGUCGAUAUAAAGAAGCAGCUGCGAAGAUCUCAGUCCCGAGAGGACCCCAAGACAACAAGGAGAAGUACAACCGGAAAUGCGUCGCCCAAGAAGGUCGCUGCCAACGAAACCGUCAGCCUAAUGGAAAUCCCCAAAGAGGAGUGGGCCUGCGAGCACUGCACCUUCAUUAACAAGAUCAACGAUCGCGUCUGCGUGGUCUGCUGCAAGACCAAGAGUAGCGCGUUACCGCCAAGCACCUUGAACGACGAUCCGGUGAACCAGCCGAAAAGCGAAGCUAGAUCGAGCAACGUCGGCGAUCUCGAAAAGCGGACCAAUCUGUUGAAGAUCUCCAAUAGCGAAGAGAGCGGCGACAGCGGAUCCGUCAGGAACAAAGACGCAAUCGCUUCAGAAGAUAAUCCUUUCGUGGAGAGUUCUAAAGCUACAGUCACGACCUCAGCUUCAGGAGCAGAAGAAGCGUCAUCGGAACUGGCAGACGCGGCAUCAUCGCCGAUUGCUGAGAAUUUGGCAUCAUCAUCAUCAACAUUAGCCUCUUCCUCGACUACGAAUAUCUCUAAAAUAGGCGCGAAUGCGACUCUGCAGGAGGAAAAAGCUACGCGAGGGAAACUUUUAAAGAGUCAUUCGGUGUCUACAGGAACAUCUCCUCCACCACAAAAUAUCUCGACCCAAACCUACGAUUAUCUCCCUGCGAAAGGGACUCUUGGAAGAUCCGCGUCAGUGGCUACGUCAAAGAGUUAUUUGUAUUACGAUGACAGCGAUGGAGAGUCGGAGCGUCUGUUUCAGGAGCAGACCAGAUUCGCGAACAGUCCCGAUCUGUAUCCGCGAUCGUUCCAGGAACAGCAACUGGUGAUAUCCGGCCAGAAAAGCAGAGAACGAACCAGAAGGAACUCCAUCGACUCGUCCCACCUCUAUUAUCGUUCCAGGGAACCCAGCCAACCGAGAUACGCGGAAGCAGGUCCCAGUUCCAGUCAGCAGGGGGUUUCCACGCUGACCCGUCAGGGAUUGGAGAUCGUGGAGCUCCUGCGAGAGGCCGAAAGGCAGGGAUUCACAACCGACGACGUCCAGGUCGCGUUGGCGCAAGGCGCGUCGAAUCCGAUCGACUGGCUUCACACGCAGUGGCCGCAUCUGGUGGAGACGGUGCGGGUCCUGGUGACCGCGCAGGGCAAGGAGCUGAGGGAGAACAGCAUCGGCGUUCUGUCGCCAGCCGAGGCGAGAGAGGCCCUACGAUCGGCCAAGGGCGAUGUGUGGAACGCUGUCGCGGCGGCCAUUCGGCGUAGACAGCAGAAAUGCCAGCAGAUUAUGGCGAGGGGAAGUUUUGCGCUCGCGGACGUCGUCAGAGCUCUCGAUAACAACGCUGGGAUCGAGGACGCCGCUUUGCUCGAGCUGCAGAAAAAUCAGCUCAAGCCUUUCUUAAUGAGGAUCUGGGGUCCUCCGGUCGGGGUGGAAAACGACGAGGCUGCACCGCAUGGAGAUGCAGCGGGUGCGGUCGGUGGUGGGACGGGGGCGGAAGCCGUGGAACAAGUUGCGAAUGUGUCCGAUACGGAGGCGCGGAAGCAGGUAAUGUCACCAAUUGUUGAUCAUUUCGUGGCGUUGCAGGCCGACUUUCAAAAGCAACUGGCGGCCCUGAGAGAACUGACCGAUAACUGGCGACACGAGAAAGACCCCCCGAAUAAAUUGGGUAAUAAUAAGUCUGAUAAUCUGUACGAGCGCACUGACGAUGGUAAUAGCACUGUUCUAAUCGAUGCAAAUCUGGUCCCAAGGGCCGUACAACAAGCGCCUGAUGUAGCGAUGCCGGGCGAUCUUGUUACGCGGCAAAGACAGGCAACCGUAGAUUCGCGGGAAGGCUCGAAGUGUUCCAAGUCGAACGAGGGCCUGGAUCGAGUAGAAGCCGCGUCGAACAUCGAAAUUCCCGCGACGACGACGAUGAUCGAUGAUGUCGCGAAAGGAUCGCACGAGGAAGCGAGCGAAAUGCAACAUGAUGCCGAUCUCGCGACGACAUCGAUCGACGAAACAAUAGAAACAGCAAGGCAAGAAGAAGUUGAACAGAAGGGAUUAUUAUCGAGUAACGUUGAGGUUCAAGUAUCCUCCUCCUCGCCCGCAAUUUCUGCGCCCGACACAACGGAACCAGGUCAAUCCUCUUCUCCGCAAACUUGGAGUGCUCCCGAAUUACUUGAUACAGCGGGACCCACCGCGAACAAUGAGUCACUCGUCCAAGUUGAAAAGUCGGAAUUGGGCGAAGCAUCUGGCAUCUCUUUCCAGGACUCGAGUGCUCCUCGACAACAGGUCGACAUCUUGCAACAGUCGUCGGGGAAUGAUGUGAUCGCGGUGAAUGUAUCAGAAAAGGAUCUUUCCGCGAUGGAGCGAUCCGAUCAGCACAUCGAGAGGAAAACUCCCGAGCAGAAGGACGAGUCGCACGUCCUGGCGAUGGAGGCUCUGAUGUCCGCCGUGAAAUCACUGCCGGAGCAGUUUUUAACCCCCUUCAUGCAAGCGAUGCAAGUCCUGUCGCCCAAGAAAGGUGAUGCUGACGUAACGAGCGCUGAUGUUGAAUUUAUGAACCGAUUGAAUACUUUACGCAGCACGAAGGUCGAAGAAACAGCCAAGGCUAUAACAGACGUCGAUGCUCAUCAACCGAGGGACGACGAGAAGAAGUCCGUCCCGGCAACUGCGGAUGAAACUGAUGGAUCGCUUCUUCGCGAGAAGAGUAAUAAUCAGACGAAAGAUCCCUUAACCAAAUCGAGCAGCAACAAGAUUGUCAGAUGCGAGCUUCCAGAUUCUCGGAUGGCAAAGUCCCGGUCGAGCGUUCCAGAUAUCAAGCAACAGCAACAGGAUAUUAGAUCGGACCCUAACACGUGGGAAUCGAAGCGACACUCGAGGGAUUCGCAUCAUGUUGCCACCUCGUUGGCCCCCCUAAUUUCAUCUCCGAUCGCGAAAUCACCGUCUAUCGUCGAAAUAUUCGAUAAUCUCGAGGCGACGUUGCGUCACGAUAAAAGUGAUACAAAGCCCAGCGCGGCGAAGAAUGCGGCGCACGUUGCGGGAAAAGUAGAACAGACAAUUUCGGUCGCAUAUCACACUCCCGCGAGCGACGCUAAAGAUGAAACCACGCUGAAAGGAGCGGACGUGCCCGUCGAGCAAAGCACGACCGGCGAUUUAUCCAUUAUUCAAUUACGGACCGACGAAAGUGUCCCACUGUCAUUAGCAGACUCUGCGGCGAAUUUCAAUAAUCCAGGAAAAGAGAAUCCGGCAGAAACCGACAGCUCGACGAAGGACUCAGCUCGACAAGGACCACCCUCUCCAACAGAGAACCGAGAAGUAAUUGCUCACGAUCACUUAACCCAGGCGUCACGAUCCUCCCCUUCAAUUGACACUCACCUCGAAGAUACUUUGCUCACGUCAAAUACCUUAGGUGGCUCUGCAACUUUGACAGAUGUCCAAAUUUCAGAGCAAAGCGAAGUAAAGUCCAAAGACUCUGUUGCAGGUACUGAUGGAACUUCCGACAAAAAUGCGGAUAAUCCAUCAAUGAAUAUCAUUGAUGACUCGUCGAAUGACAUCCCGUUCCCUCGAUCGUCCAUCGAGAAAUCGAGUGAGAGUUUUUUGCAGCAAAACGAGGUAGAGUCCAAAGACUCUGUUGCAGGUACUGAUGGAACGUCCGACAGAAAUGCGGAUGAUCUAUCAAUGAAUAUCAUUGAUGACUCAUCGAAUGACAUCCCGUCCCCUCGAUCAUCCAUCGAGAAAUCGAGUGAGAGCUUUUCGCAGCAAAACAAGGUAGAGUUCAAAGAGUCUAUUGCAGAUACUGAUGGAACCUCCGACAAAAAUGCGGAUAAUCCAUCAAUGAAUAUCAUUGAUGAUUCGUCGAAUAACAUCCUGUCCCCUCGAUCAUCCAUCGAGAAAUCGAGUGAGAGUUUUUUGCAGCAAAACGAGGUAGAGUCCAAAGAGUCUAUUACAGAUACUGAUGGAAUCUCCGACAGAAAUGCGGAUGAUCUAUCAAUGAAUAUCAUUGAUGACUCGUCGAAUGACAUCCCGUCCCCUCGAUCAUCCAUCAAGAAAUCGAGUGAGAGCUUUUCGCAGCAAAACGAGGUAGAGUUCAAAGAGUCUAUUGCAAAUACUGAUGGAAUCUCCGACAAAAAUGCGGAUGAUCCAUCAAUGAAUAUCAUUGAUGACUCAUCGAAUGACAUCCCGUCCCCUCGAUCAUCCAUCGAGAAAUCGAGUGAGAGUUUUUUGCAGCAAAACGAGGUAAAGUCCAAAGACUCUGUUGCAGAUACUGAUGGAACCUCCGACAAAAAUGCGGAUGAUCCAUCAAUGAAUAUCAUUGAUGACUCGUCGAAUGACAUCCUAUCCCCUCGAUCAUCCAUCGAGAAAUCGAGUGAGAGUUUUUUGCAGCAAGACGAGGUAAAGUUCAAAGAGUCUAUUGCAGAUACUGAUGGAAUCUCCGAUAAAAAUGCGGAUCCAUCAACGAAUAUCAUUGAUAACUCGUCGAAUGACAUUUCGAAUGAUCCUCGAUCAUCCAUCGAGAAAUCGAGUGAGAGUUUUUCGCAUCCCGGGGUCGAGGUCUCUCGAUCUGAUGAGAAGCGAGACGCGCAAACGACGAGUUUCAGCAUCUUAGACGCGCUUAAAAAUCUCAAUAUAUUCUUCGCGUCGCGAAGCGAGGUGAAGAACGUCUCCCCGAUCAACGAGGGCUCGUUCUCGGCUCCUAUUACGGCGAAUAUUGGCGACGUGACGCCCGGUAUAUCCGAUACCUUUGAAAUAAAGAUCUCGGAAUCACCCGUAAUAACGGUGAAUGAUUGCGCGCCGAUAAAAAACGCCGCUGCGAAUACCAUCGAAUCGGGUAGAACUGGUGAUGAUGUUGAUACAACAAACGGAGGGAGGGCGGGGAACGUCGAUUCGCCCGGAAACGACGUCUCGAUCGUCGCGCGUAACGAACCGGUUAGAUCAAAAUUACCGAAUAACGAGUCGUUGGACGACGAGGGCGCGGGGCAACCUCGUAAAAGCGUAAUCGCGAGACCCGUCGUAAAGGAUAGAUCGCCCCUUAAAAAAAUCGUCCGGAGAAGAUCGCCCGUUAAGGUCGUAAGAAAGUCGAGCGGCGUCGUACCCAGGAGGGGCUCGCCGCGUAAAAGCACGAGCCCGAAUAGUACGACUGUCACAAAAGCGAGGGCGACGGCCAGCGAAAUUACCGGGACGUCGAGAAAUCGAGGGCCGAUGCGGGGCAACGAGUCGCGAAUUAAAGAACCCGUAAAGUCGACGCGCGACAAAAUGGCGGACGGGAAAGCAGGCGAAUCUGUCAAACGAUCGUUGACCGAUAUCGACCUGCGAAAGAGUGAUAAAAUGAAUAAGAAAGCGUCCAAUGCGGAGAAAACACUCGCGAUCGAUAAUUCCGAGGCGCGAAUUAACCUUAAAACUCGAGAAAAAUCGGGAAUUACUGAAAAUGGCAAACUCGAACCUCCGAAAAGUAAAAGUAUCGGAGUCGAUCGGAAUAAAAAAGUGGAAAUGCCAAAAAAUAUUAGAGCGGAUACCUCGACCUGUGAAGAUCGAAAGGAGGUUAUAAAUCACGAAAUUUCGAGAGAUAAAAUGUCAAAAACACUUUCGACGGAAAAUGGAAGGGAUAAUUCGAAAUCUAAAGUACCUCCACCGUCAAAGAUACCGGUUUUGAUGCAUCGAAAAAUGGCGCGAUCUACAAAUAUCAUUCCAUCGAGCCCUUGUAAAAUAAAUUCAAGCGACACGCGAUUGUUAAAAAGCAUAUCGACGAAAUUGCCGGUAGCGUCGCAGGCAAUUUCGAAAUUAUCUCUGAAAAUCCAGGAAAAAGCGAAGACACCGAGUCCACCGAUCGCGCGGAAAGUCGAUUCCGGAGAUAAUUCGAAGACGGAUCGAAUUGAAUCCAAUAAUGGCGAAUUAAAUCCAGCGAGAACGAUUGAAAUUACGGAAAAUGCGAAAGACGAGCGGAUUCUGGGAGAGAAUCACGCAGAGAGUAGCAUCGCGGGAGAAGCCGAGGAGCCUCCGAAAGUCGAAUCGAUACAAUUGGAGUCCACGUUGGAGGAGAAUUCGACGAAUUUUAACGAACAUCUGGAAAUCGAAGACGCGAUCGAGGGGAGCUCCUCCGAUUUCGAGAGCGACGAGGACACGGAAACGGCCAGGUACAUCUCCGAUCAUAACUCGGAAUGCAAUUCCGAGGAGUUCACGGACGCGGAAUUGUUGUUGGAGAAAACGCUAAACGAGAUAAGGUCCGAAAUAUCGGAAUCCGAGGAGGAGGAGGAGGAGCGGACGAACGGAUCCGAGGGGAGCGAGGGAGGCAUCACUUGUUCGUACGAAACAGAAAGCCACGAUCGUGAUUCCGUAUUGUCCGAAGGCUCGAUCGAUGAACGGGAGAUUAGGUCGAGCGAGCUCGAGGACUCGACAGGGGAAGAUGUGUACGAGGAGCUGCCAUCCGAGGGGGAAGAGACGAAUGUACGAGUCCGCGAAGACUUGGAACAACAGCCCGGGACGACCGUUGAAGAAGCCGACGAUACAAUACGAGAGGAAGUCGACAUUUCGAACGGGGCGGAAGGCAAUUCUGAAGUCGCGCGAGAAGCUGAAGGGAAUAAUUUGCCUCCAUUGACAGAAGCCAUCGCGGAGCUAAUUCAGCCGGAAAUAAUCGAUCGGGAACUUUCUCAGAACCUUGAAAUCUCGGAUUCUACCGCCGCUGUAGCCGUGGCUGAUCCCGCGACGGCUUUGCUUUCAGCAAAGUUGGAAGAAGGUGCAGAAUCAAGGGAGGAUAUCGAGUCAAAGGCGAGUGAGCCGAGGCUCGAGGAAGAAGCGAGCAAAAUCGAGGAGAUUGAUAAGACGAAGAAGAAGGCGAUGAGCCCGAAACGAGCGAAGAUAGGUCGAAGGGCGAGCACAGGGAGCAAAGAGGUCAAAAUCGGGAGGAACGUCGACGACGACGACGACGACGCGUUAAAGGGGGUGAAUCGGGCGCCGAGGAAACGAUUCUCCCUCGUAGCCAGUUGCAUCCGUCGUUUCGAGGGCGAGGAGAGAACCGAGAGGAAAGCCUUGGAAAGCAUCAGGCGCAAGAGACAGGGAUCUCCCAAGACGGAGCGGGAGAGAAUAGCGCGUCGUCUCUUGGCGGAAGGUCGGGCGGCGAAUUACGAUGAGGCCGAGGUCGCCGCUAGCUUGCUGGCCCUCAAGUUUGGCGAUGCCGAGGCUCUUCAGGCCGCGAAGGAGUGUUCCAGCGUGGAAUCAGCACUUGCCUUCCUGCAACAAGAGUGCGAGCUGUGCACAGGUCGCUUCGCUAUGAGUCAGAUGGUCUCCAUGUUAAAGUGCGUGCACCGUUGCUGCAACGAUUGCGCGAAGAAUUACUUCACCAUCCAAAUUAGCGACAGGAACAUCACGGACGCCGUUUGUCCCUAUUGCAAGGAGCCUAAUCUUAAGGACGCGAACGAGGACGAGGUUCUCGAAUACUUCAGCAACCUGGAUAUACAGCUGAAGACCUUGCUGGACCCGCCGAUCCACGAGCUUUUCCAGAGGAAGCUCAGAGAUCGGACUUUGAUGCAGGAUCCGAACUUCAAGUGGUGUAUCCAGUGUUCGAGCGGAUUUUACGCCGAUCCUGACCAGAAGCGUCUGAUUUGUCCCGAUUGUCGAUCUGUCACGUGUGCCUUUUGCCGGAGACCGUGGGAAAAACAGCAUGAGAGAAUCUCGUGCGAAAAGUUUGCCGCUUGGAAGGACGAGAAUGAUCCUGACAAUCAAGCCGCAGGUUUGGCCAAACAUCUCGCCGAUAAUGGCAUCGACUGUCCCAAGUGCAAGUUUCGUUAUUCGUUAUCUCGUGGAGGUUGCAUGCAUUUCACCUGCAGCCAGUGUAAAUAUGAAUUCUGCUGCGGUUGUGGCAAAGCUUUCAUGAUGGGGGCGAAGUGCACGGUUAGCCCCUAUUGCGCCAAACUCGGCCUGCACGCCCACCAUCCGCGCAAUUGUCUCUUCUACCUUCGCGACAAGGAGCCCGCGCAGCUGCAACAGCUGCUCAAAGAGAACGGCAUAGAUUACGACACCGAGGGUCCGAUCGGGGAACGCAAGUGCAAAGUGCAACUGCAGAAAGAAACGCCGACCGGGGUCGUGGACACUAUAUGCAACUCCGACGUCGUCGAGGAUCACGCCGGUCUGUGCAGGCAGCACUACAUUGAGUACUUGGCGGGCCUGGUGCUCAAGGGCAGGCUGGACCCGGUGACGAUCUUUGACUUGAACGACGCCAAGCAAGAGCUGCGCCGACGGGGAAAGGUUCCCCCUGCGAAGGACCAGGAAAUGUCCGAGCGAGAUUAUCUCGAGGCGUGCAUUCAGGUUGUAAAAAAGGAGAUUCCACUGGAGUGACUACGGAAGAAUAUUUCAGGAAAACACUCGUAUACCAGAAGUCAUAAGAGAAAUAGAGAGAGCGUGUAUUUAUUUUAAUUUGUAUACACCAUGUGAACAAGCCUUCCUUCACCACAAGUGAAAUUAAUAUAGGACCAUAAAAAAUAUACAUAAUAAUAUGCACAUGUGGACAUUAGUCUUUGUCGCAAAAAUUUAUUUUUUGACAUGAUGUAAUAUGCGAUUUGUACAUUAAUUCACAUAGCGUUAAUUUAUUCGCGAUAGAAACAUCGCGAGAAGAAAUAGUGUGUUCAUAUCUUUCUAGGUGCUCUUGUUAACAAGCCAAGAUUUGCAUUAAUCGAAUGUUUCUUCAAUGAUGGAAAAAAUAUUUAUCUCGAUGAGAUUUAUAAUUAGCGUUUGAAAAUGUGUAUUUACUUCUUGUCUUUAUAUAACUGUUUUCCAAGAAAUAGACUAUAUAAUUAAAGAA